GAUAAAAUACUUGUGUUUAAUCAGAACAACUGGAACGCAUUGAGGAAGGGAUGGACCAAAUCAAUAAGGACAUGAAAGAAGCAGAAAAGAAUUUGACGGACCUAGGAAAAUUCUGCGGGCUUUGUGUGUGUCCCUGUAACAAGCUUAAAUCAAGCGAUGCUUACAAAAAAGCCUGGGGCAAUAAUCAGGACGGAGUGGUGGCCAGCCAGCCUGCUCGUGUGGUGGACGAACGGGAGCAGAUGGCCAUCAGUGGUGGCUUCAUUCGGAGGGUAACAAACGAUGCCCGAGAAAAUGAAAUGGAUGAAAACCUGGAGCAGGUGAGCGGUAUCAUUGGAAACCUCCGUCACAUGGCCCUGGAUAUGGGCAAUGAGAUCGAUACACAGAACCGCCAGAUCGACAGGAUCAUGGAGAAGGCUGAUUCCAACAAAACCAGAAUUGAUGAGGCCAACCAACGUGCAACAAAGAUGCUGGGGAGUGGUUAAAUGUGCCCACCUGUGUUCUCUUCCAAAUGCUGUUGGGCAAGAUAGCACCUUUGUGCUUUUCUCAUCGUAUUACCUAGUAGGUCUGCACACAUACACACAUCAGUCCACCCCCAUUGUGAAUGUUGUCUUGUAUCGUUCAUCAGCUUCCCCAAACUAUUAUGUGUCUUUUGUUCUUUCUGAGUCUCUUUCUUUCCAAAGGUUGUAUAUAGUAGUCAUUUGGUGGCUCUAACUCCCUACAUAAGAUGUCUUGGGUUUCAUUUUUCCUUUUCUCUCCUCAGUGGUGUUUGCUGAAUGACAACAAUUUAGGAAUGCUCAACGUGCUGUUGAUUCUUUCAAUACACAGUAUUGUUCUUGUAAAACUGUGACAUUCCACAGAGCUACUGCCACUGUCCUUUCUUUGAGUGUCAGGCUCUGAAACUCUCAAAAUUUGCUGUCCUUGGUUCCUCAUGGUUGUCAUCUGUCUUUAUGAUUUCAUGAUUAGACAAUGUGGAAUUACAUUACAGGCAUUGCACUAAAAGUGAUGUGAUUUAUGCAUUUAUGCAUGAGAACUAAAUAGAUUUUUAGAUUCCUACUUAAACAAAAUCUUUCCAUGACAGUAGCAUACUGAUGAGAAAACACACACACACAACAGAAACAACGAAACAACAACAAAGCAUGCUCAGUAUUGAGACACUGUCAAGAUUAAGUUCUACCAGCAAAACUGAAGUAGUGUCACUUUCUUUCUGUCAGUAUAUAGACUUAUUAAUCAUGAUCAUCCUUUUUUAAAAAAAAAGAAUUUUAAAAAAAGAUGGAUUUGACACACUCACCAUUUAAUCAUUUCCAGCAAAAUAGACGUUUGGCUGAACUAUGUCAAAUGAAUGUAAUAUAGGAUUUGUUUGCUGCUUUUGAAGGCUAUGUUUUGGAGAAAGCAGUCUUGCUGUGAAACAGUGUGGAGAUGUAAAUUUUAUAAGGCUGACUCUUUAUUAAUCACCAUUUCCCCCUGUGGUUUGUUAUCAGUACAAUUCUCUGUUGCUUAAUCUAGAGCUAUGCACACCAAAUUGCUGAGAUAUUUAGUAGCUGAUAAAGAAAUCUUUAAAAAAUAAUAUAAAUGAAUGAAAUAUAGAUAAACUGUGAGAUAAAUAUCAUUACAGCAUGUAAUAUUAAAUUCCUCCUGUCUCCUCUGUCGGUUUGUGAAGUGAUUGACAUUUUGUAGCUAGUUUAAAAUUAUUAAAAAUUAUAGACCCCA